AUGAAGCUCAUCAAUCCGUCGCCCGGUUGCUUGUGCGGGCCCUGCUCGCGCAGCACCCCACCUGCUCUGCCGCCAACGUCUACGCCACCAACACCGCUGGAGACGACAAGGGAGACCUGCGACUCGCUUGAACAGCCCCUCGGACCGGCCGACGCCAACUGCGAAGCUUCCACGUCGGCCCUUCCAUACAUCCCGCCCGCUUCCCUCCGUCUGCCGAACGAACUGCUGGACGUCAUCUUCGACCUCGCACGGCCUCCCUUGCCGCCGACGACGACCCGAAAGGAACCGCCGUCGAACGCCUGGACCGGUUAUACCCAGCUGUCGCUCGUCCACUCGCGAUGGACGGAUGUCGCGCGCGAACACCUCGCCAAGGUGGUCAUCCUUCGGUCGCGGAAGCAGAUGCGCGCGCUGGCGAAGGCGUUGAGGAAGGGAUGGGUCGGGAAGAUCGAGGAGAUCCUUUUGGAGAUCAAGGAAACGCGGAGUGGACGUGAGGGCGAGGGAGAGGGAGGGGACAACGACCUCGUCUCGGCGGCGGGCAACCCUUCGUUCGAAGCAGAGCUGCUCACACUGCUCAAGCGUUGUGGCCAAGACGUCAAGGUGCUGCGCUGCCGAGGCUUCGGGGACGCCUGCCUCGCCUACCUGCCCUCUUCUUUCCGCGACCACCUCCCGAAACUCGAGACGUGGGAGUACUCGCCCAUUGACGGCGCACACACGGCCACCACCACGGGUCUGAUGUGCGGUCUCUCGCAUCUGCCUGCGCUCCGACACCUCGUCCUGCGCCCCUCGUCUCGCUACCUCACACCCCUUGCUUCGGUCCCCGAACCCUUCGUGACGGCACUCGCCGCCCUCGUCGACAUCCUCCCCUCGAUGCUCGCUUCGGACACCGACAUGCGCGAAGCCUACACGAGCGCCUUUGCCGACGUCGGCAUGAAGGGUCUCACGUCCGUCGAGCUCUCGUCGCUCGUCAUGUCUCCCCUCGCGCUUGUCGGGAUUCUCUUCCCCUCGUUCUGCACCCUCACCUCGCUCCAUCUCUCGUCGAUCCUCUUCGUAGGCGCCUCGUCAACCCUCAACCACCUCCUCCAGAUCGUCGCGCCCAACCUCGACGACUUUGAAUGGACCGACGGACCGAUCUCGUCUCGCCUCAAUCUCAACCUCGGAGCAUUGCCAGACAAUGACUACUGGGACGUCUUGCGCAGGUUGACCAAAGUCCGCAAACUCAAGCUCUUUGGCUCGCAAGUCUUUGCGCAGACGCCUCAUCGGCUCGGCUUUGCGCUUCCGCCGAGUCUGGAGGAGCUCACGAUCGGGACGUGCGGGGAGGAUGUCGAGAGGGAAGAGGUAGAGUGGUGGCUUGAGAGGGUUGAGGAAGGCGAGAAGGCGGGUGAGAAGGGUGCCGACGAGGAGCACGUGGAAGAGGAGGAGGUAGAAGUCGAGGGCGCGAACGAUUCUGGGAUUGGAUUGAUGCUGGAUGAGGAGACGGAGGAUGGGAUCGCGGCGGACGAGAAGGCGGGCAAGGGUUGGGCGUGCGACACGGAUGACGCUACGGGGGACAACAACGCGAUGAGCUCGCCCGCUGUGCCGUCCUCGACCAAUCCGCCGUUCUCGUCCGUGACACCGGCUCCUUCACCUUCUCCUCCCCUCUCCCGCUCGCCCACCGCCUCUCCCGUCUCUUCUCCGCCAUCUACGCCCCCUCAACGUCCUCACCUCUCUCCCCGCCGCCGCCGCAAAUCCUGGCGCACCCCUCCCACUCCCGCUUCUCCCCCUCACCUCUCCCGCCUCACCAUCUGUCUCCCAACAACCUUGAAUUCCUCUCUUCGCGACAACGCCGCCAUUCAAGACCGGAUCGACGGCCUUGUUCAGCGCGGAAUCAGGGUCGAGUGGUGGGGCCUUGUGGUUGUUGUGCUCGAGACGGAGGAGUUGACGAGGGAGUUGAGGGAAGAGAUGAGUAGGGUGCCGGAGGAGUGGUAUGCCGGCGCUCGGGACGAGGUGGAGGUUGAAGAGGAGGAUUGA